AUGCUUAUUGAAUUCGCGACCCUCCUACUCCUCAGCUUCAUCAUGGCACACAUCAUCCCUGCCACGCUCCUCCAUCGCCUGCGCAGCAUGGAAACGGACGUCUACACCCCCAACCCAGCGCCCGGUGACACGGCAGUGCCCGGCGACACGACGCCCGCCAGCGAUGACGGUUACAAUCCCACGCCCAUAGACAUCGCCGUCACGCGGAUCAUGCUCGUCCGCAGCUUGCGCCUGCCUCCAGAUCUCGUCGACGCCAUUUUCGACUUUGCCGAGUACUGGGCCCAUUCGACCAACGCCAUCAACUACACAACCGAACACCAGGACUGCCUGCGCGUCAGUGGCAGCAGCCACCUUGAAGACAGGUUCCUCCUCCGCUCGUACCCCCUUGGCCUCACGGGCAUCGACGGCGCGCGGAACCUUGUGGAGGAGCUCGCGUACGACACGAACGAGGCCAAGCCUCUACCCCUAUCCGAAGAACACGACAGGCUGUUCUUUGCCAAGCUCGUCCGCUACCCCACUCCGAGGCUCGCGAAUCCAUGUCGGAAAAUCGUCUUUUCCCUCCGGAGCAGAGACCAGGGCUACGGCGGCCAAGUCGGUGCCCGUGGUACCUACCGGGCCGCCUGGACCUGGUUUGAGGCGGGCCUGGAACGGUUUGAUGCGACGCAAGACUGUAAGCACCGCCCGCGACGCAACCCCAGCGCGUGCUCCCUCGGCCGGCUUACACUCGUGUCAUCAGGCGACAGCAAAUGCACCUAUGACGUCCGCCACGAAGUCCCCUCCUCGACGGCUCCGCAGCUCCCCGUCUGCAGCAUUCGGCCGAUGCGGCCGGCGAUCCAGCGCGACGGGCCGGAUCAGGACUUUGAAUACGUUCACCCCCUCCACGGCCAGGCCUCCCUCGAGAUACACCGCAACAAGGUUGCGACGUGGGAUUGGCAGGACCACGUCGUCACCUGGUCCUACCGCGAUAACACCGCGGCCGAUUCCGAUGGCGGAAAGGUGCUCGACGAGGAGGGGCGGGGGCGGGCGACGGGUGACGGCAGCUUCGUGCGAGGCCUGAAGAUUGGUGAUGUCGUGACGGUGUGGGCGAAGGCGCGCUUCCCCGGCUGGAUCAACUUUGUCGAGUCCGUCAAGAUCGACAUCUACUGGGCAGUGUAA